UUUUAAUAAAACAAACAAAAAGAAGAAGAAAAAUAGUUUGUCGGAGACAAGAUGGCGAGAAUAUCGAUGGCUGUGGCUGUGGUGUUGUCGGUGAUGCUACUCGUCUCGAUAAACUCUGUGAAAACCUUGGCCGAGGAACAACCGACGGUUGGACAGAGAGUAGACUCUGCCGUGACGGGUGUCAACAAUGCAUUCAAUGAACACGGCGGUCCACAGGCCGUUGACUCCGUAUCCUCGACCAUCAAAUCUGUUUACGGAUGGUUCAGUGAUAAAGCCAA